AUGACCAUCGAUCGCACCAGUGAUAUUGAUUCUCUACUCGAGAGAUGUGAGACUGGCUCCAGGUUGAUACCGUUUGCAUUCCCAAUUAUCAGUCUGCGAUUCACGAGAUCUUGGAAAGAUGGCAGUCUAUUUCCUUUGGAAGCUCACAGAAUAACAUAUCAAAACUUACUCAAUCAGCUAGAGUCCUACUCUGGCGAUAUCAAUUUCCCCGAGGUGAUCAACUCCAAGUUGCCUUCAACCCUCAGGCAUCUUGAGCUCAUGAUCUUCAUCAGCUAUGGAGAAGAUAACGACGAAGAUGAAUACUCUCCAUCAAAGAUACUGGCGCCUCUUAUAAGACUCUCAAACGAUUAUCCACAUCUAGAGUCACUCUCUCUGCACUUUGAGAUGGAUGUAGAUUCAAUUGUCGAUUACUUUGAGCAUAUGGAUAAUCAAUACCUCGCAGCACUCAACCAUCCAAGCCACCCUUACAGCAUCAUUUGCCGCAGCUUUCUCAACUCUACGCUUACCUCCUUGCGAUCACUCACACUUGCAGAUUCGGUUGCAGGUGAGUAUACUUUCACUACUCACAUGUACAGUGCGCCUCGCCUCUUCUUUGAGAGCAUCCUACACUUUGCACCUUCACUCCAACGACUAUCAUUGAGAAUGUGCAAUGACGCCAGCGACUUUGGUGAACACCUACUCUUCUAUACCGAGCUGAAACACUACCUUGAGAAGGCAACAACACUCAAGUGCCUGGUCCUGCCAGAGAUGUUGGCAGGUGAGCCUCAAGAGCUGGUCAAAUACCUGGUACAAGAUGCAUCGAUCGAGAUUGAAGGUGAGAUACAGAUGCAGAACAUGGUGCCAAUCACACGACCAUUACAAUCACUGUCAAUCAGGUGUGAAGGCCAUUAUAGACCUCCAGUCAACAAUAUUUAUGAAUCAUUGAACAUGGUCAAGCAUCUCCAAGUGACACCCUAUGAUCAGAGUGACUAUGACUUUAUCCCACACAUUGGCAGUGAGACAACGCUCACUCUGACAACUGUUGUGUAUUGCGACCGUCUGUGUCAAUUGCUUGCAGAGAACCAUCGGAUCACCACCCUAUACAUCAAUCCAAGAGCGGAAGGUUACAAGUACAACAAAGAGAAGUUCCAAGCUAUUAUCGAUGUUCAUCCAUCAAUCAAGAACAAGGACUCUGUCUUUGUUGAUGCCUGGUAUUGA